AAGCUAGUGCUUAGUUCGACGCUCCAUCCAUCCAUCUCCAGGAUCAGUAUUCACUAUAUGCAAUAAACAAUAAUGUUAAAAGUUACUGCAGCCUCAAUGGGUUCUGCAAUCUUCUUCACUCUCCAAUCCUCAAUCCAAAGAACUCUCUCCAAAAGCCUCUUCUUCACUUUCUCAUACCCCAUGCCCAAAUUCCCUUUUCGUCAUUUGCUAUCAACCACCACCAAACCAUCUCCUUCUUCCCUUCUAGCACCCCUUUGCACCGUUGCUAAUAGCAGUGAUGUUAAUAUCGUUCAGAAGGAGAUUAACACCCCCUACAAAAGCAUCUUCAUCGACCCCAAAUGUUAUCUUUCUUGCUCUAUGCCGGACAAAAAGCCUCUCAAAAUCGCCGUUCUCCUCAGUGGUGGAGUCGACAGCAGCGUUGCCCUCCGCCUCCUCCAUCUCGCUGGCCAUUCUUGCACUGCUUUCUACCUCAAAAUUUGGUUUCACGAAGAAUUCGAAAACUUUUGGUCUGAAUGUCCUUGGGAAGAUGAUUUGAAGUAUGCUAAAGCUGUCUGUGCUCAGGUUGAUGUUCCUCUGGAAGUUGUCCAUUUGACAGAUGAAUACUGGAAUAAUGUGGUCUCUUAUAUUAUUGAGGAGUACCGAUGUGGGCGCACUCCAAAUCCAGAUAUUCUUUGCAAUACUCGAAUAAAAUUUGGUGCAUUCCUUGAUGCCAUCAGUGGCAUGAAUUUUGACUUUGUUGCUUCCGGUCAUUAUGCAAAAGUUGUUCACAUAUCUGCUGAUCAAACAGAUGAGUUUUCUGUUUUGGAAUUGUCAAAAGAUAUGGUUAAGGAUCAAACCUACUUCCUAUCACAUCUCUCACAAUCUCAGCUAAGACGGCUAGUUUUUCCUCUUGGAUGUAUCCCAAAGGAUGAAGUUCGCAAACUUGCCAAGGCUUUUUGUUUACCCAAUCAGGAUAGAAAAGAUUCUCAAGGAAUAUGCUUUCUGGGCAAGAUAAAGUUUAGUGAAUUCGUUGCAAAACAAAUUGGUGAGGAGGAAGGUAUAAUAUUGGAGGCUGAAACAGGGGAUUACCUUGGAAAACAUCGUGGAUUUUGGUUCUAUACAAUUGGCCAACGGCAAGGUCUACGUCUUCCUGGAGGACCCUGGUAUGUUGUUGAGAAAGAUGUUACAAAUAACGUUGUCUUUGUCUCGAGAAACUACUUCUCAGUCGAUAAGAAAAGGCGCUUAUUCCGUGUUGGGUCUUUGAAAUGGCUUAGUGGCUCACCACCCAGCCAGGUCAACCAGCUCAAAUGCAAGGUUCGACAUGGCCCUUCUAUCUAUGAUUGCAGCCUGAAAAUGGAAGCUGAUGAACGUGGUGACAUAGUAGCAGUGGUCAGAUUAUCUGAAGAUGAUCAGGGUCUGGCGGCAGGGCAGUAUUCCGCUUUCUACGAUGGAAGGUUCUGCAUUGGUUCUGGUGUAAUUUUGGAGUCAUGGGACGAUCAGGGUUUCCCUGUUUGUGCAAAGGCACUUGAAAUUGCCAGAAUGGAAGAUAAGUCGAUGCUUGGGAAGCCUGUGAAGAUAAAGGAAAAAUCGCAGAUUGACUUGGAAGGUUCUGAAACUAGAGGCCUGAUUGGGAUUAAAUGUUGAAUUGACAGUUCCUACAAAUGGUAAAAGCAAGGUACCAAAGCAUGAAAAUGUGUCCAGCUUUCCCCUAAAUUGGCUGCAACAGCUUCAUGAAAAGUGGUUGCAGGUAUUCGAAUUGCUGCAUAGUCAUGCGUGCUUUAUGAGACAAGACUUGAAAUCUCAUCAAGGUCCAUCAGGGUUGGAUAUCACACCGAAAUGGCUGAUACCUGACUGCCUUGAUUGAUCUGGAGCAGAUAUAGUUCGGAAGUGGCAAUGCAGUCUUGACUUUGUGCCAAAACUGGUAAAGGGAUUAGUUAACUGCAUUGAUUUAUGGUGCAGUUCUGAUUGACUCUUUGAGUCCUCAGUUUUUGAAAGAUUUGGCAACAGGGUAAGUGUUUGUUAUUUCCUUGGUGAGGAACUGAAGGGCCUGAGUGAACAACCGUGCAAUCAGCACACUUCCCUUUGUUUGAACAAGAAGAUAAAGGGAUUGAGGAGGCAAAAUUAUGAACAAGGUUGAAGCUUUCCUGGAAAGAAUGAAAAUCAAAAUGCCUGGCUGAGAAUUCCAAAAAUCAGAGCUAAUCAGUCUCAUUAGGUUGCUAGAGUUAUAGGUUCUUGAUUGAUGUAAUAGUAUACAACCAUUUAAUUUGGGAUCCCAACUUGGCAAUUUUCUUGUAUCAGUGAUAGUUAAAUUCAGGUUCGGGUUCAA